AUGUUAUUGCACUCUGGCCACAAUCCCAUGCACGAGUUUAGCGCCGAAGAGGACCCCGUGGGCGCGAGGGCGGAUCGUGACAACAACGAUCUGUCAGAGACAUCGUCGUCCAUUUCAGAGCAUGUAUUUCCCAUCGAGAGACCCACAGGUUUUCCUUAUUAUGCUGGGACUAGCACCAUAAGCAGCAGCGCUGGUGGUUCUAACGAAAAUUUCAGAAAAGAAGAUGUGGGAAGUUCCAAGCUUCUCUUCAAGAAAUCAGAAGAUUGUGUGGCGACCUUUUUGCCCGCAAUUUACAUUUCUUGGGCUGUCGGUGUCCUUGUCGGUGUUCCCUUUCUUGUGUACAGCAGCAUCCCCGAGUCAACGCUUUUUGGAAAUAUUCUUGUCAUCCGAAACUUCUGGGAUGCCCUUCUGCGGAUCUCAAAUGCACCCAUCGCUAUCUUGUCGCUCAUGACUGCCGUGUAUUUUGCCCCCUGCAUCUUGACACAUUGCAAAUACCCUCACGACGAAACUGUUGACUAUAAUGACCCAUGGUCGCUGCGAAUAUCACAGUGGACGGGCGCUUCUCCCCAAAAAUCUCGGUCCUGGGCACGCAAACUCCGGUCGUUUUUGCUGUCGCCGCAUGGCAUGAGCUUUGUCAUGACUCUGGCGAUUGCCAUCCCUCUUAACACCACCACUUCCCUCCCCAUCAUUCAUCCCGGAUGGCUAUGGUACCCCUUUGGUUGGUUCAGCUACAGGGUCUACCACACAGCUGACUUGGCAUCUGCAAUGGAGGGUCUCUGCCUCGACCAAGAUGUGCAUGACAUUCAUCUCCCUCGCAAAAGCUGGACUCCAGCGCUCCGGUUGGGAACCAGUAGCAGUGAUGACCGUCAACACCUUCCUCUUUGUCUGACAGAGAGCCAAUGGGAUUUCCUCAGUGCAGGUGCUAUCUCAAGCACCAGCAAGCAAGAUGUCCGAUCCGUCCUCAAGGGCCUCGGAUAUGCGCAAGACCCCAAGGCUGGCCUCGCAGUGGCUGUCUUGGGCAGGGACGUCAUGGACAAAAUCAAACCCUUGAGGGAAAACAUGGAUGCCCUCCAUCGUUUCUUUUCCAAUCUAUCAGUUGUGAUUUUUGAGAAUGACAGUUCCGAUGGUUCUCGUGAAGUGUUCAAACAGUGGGCUGCCGAAGCAGAUCUCGGGUAUCGAGUUGACCUGAUGGAAUGUGCAGAAGCCAAAGACUGCAAGCUAGGAAAACUGCACCGAGACAAUCCCAACAAGAAGCAAGAUUUCGCCCACUCAUCAGCUACCGGAGAUAUGGACGUCUACCGUCAACGAAUGGUAGACUACAUCACCGACCUCGACAACACUCUUCUGGGAGAACGACCUGAGAAUGCUGUUGCCUGUUCGGGACGCCAGCUCCUGGCUGGUUCCUGGGGAACUGAAGCAAUCCCUUAUGAUUUCUGCGCUUUUCGGGCUUGGGCCACUCUUGCGAACCACCGCAUUUUGAGUCUACAUGAAUCAUUCUGUGCACUAAUGCCUGAGGGCGAGCGAUGGAGGAAUGCCUGUAAUUCACUCUCCCCUUUUCUCCAAGCGGAAAUAAGGCGUGCUGAUCGGGCACCAGCUGAUCAGGGAGCCUUCUACAGAGUUGAAUCGGCCUUCAAUGGAGCCGCCCUCUACCCCCUGGAUCUUAUUCGCAUAUCUAAAGCCACAUACGAUUCUGGGGAAGAUGGACAAAGAUGCGAACACGUUGGUUUCCACUUGCAUUUAAGAAAGCCCGUGUAUACCAACCGAAAGUGGGACAUGCACAUGGACCCCAACAACCCAGCCGGUCCCACUGGAUGGAGAGCCAAGAAGAUUGUCAAUUACGUUUCUGGAAAUCCUUUUCUCGUCAUGAUGCUGAUCAUAACUGUGUUUACCUCCUACAUGCUCUUUGUGCAUUCCUUUGUCCUCUUGGGUGUCUACAUGGUCUACCCUAUCAUGGCACCACUUUGGGCGCAAGCCAAGAGCAUUCAAAGAAUGCUUUCCUCACCGCAACACAAGCGAAGAAGUGAAUGA